AUGCUGUCCAACUCCUCAGACUCCCCCUCGGGCUGGAAUGACCACGGGCGGUUGACGCUGCUGCGAGGGCAUGGCGCGACGGACGCUCCGAGUGGGUACGAUUACGCGCGGCGCAAUGCGUCAUGCAUCACCGUCCGCACGCCCCUCGGUAAAGUUGGAUCCGGUCUGGCCCGUCACGGCGCGGGCGUGCGGUGCUUCGAAAGCGUUGAGAUCGAGGCGGACGGUGAGGAGGCCUUGCGGGGGCUGAAGAGGAAGCGCACACGGGGAACGUGGCGGUUGAUGGACGACGAACGUGGACGGCGCGGACGUGGCUGGGAGGUUGCCGUGGUGUGGCGCGGAUAAGGGAGUGCGGGGCUGGUAAUAUGGAGGGGGGGAGCGUGGGAAAGCAGGAGCCAUACGGAAGGGAGGCCCAAGCAAUUUGCAAAAGCGCGUGUUCCUAAGCUUCGCGCGCUAUAACCUUGGCCUCCCUCCUGCUCCCUUUCUCCCUCCCCCCGUCUCAUCCCACCACCACCACCUCCUCGCCCCUCCCUC